AUGGCAGAUAAAAUAAAAAACUUUUUUAAAAAGAAAAAAGUAGAUGCGAAAUUUAAAUUGGCCGGACCUGGACAUAAAUUGAGUGAGUCAACAAUCCGUUCUCAGGGUUCAGAUUCGUCUAGGAAGGAUGUUCCAGCUGUUAAAAGAUCAGGCUUGUCAGUGGAGAGUAAAGUUGCUGCAGAUGCAGCCUUGGCUAGAUUACAACAGAAGAGAGAGAACCCAGCAUUUAAUACUUCCCUUGCUGCUAUACAGGCUCAGGUAAAAAAGGAAUUGGAGAAUGAGAAAGCAUCCACAUCAGCUGUUAUAACACCAUCCCAGUCAGAUACAGGGAAGGUAGUGGAAGUAGACUUACCUGCAAAUUUAGCUGCAUCGGGAGUAUUUUUCAAGUGUCCACUGAUCAGUAAUGAUAUAUUACCACGGGAUGAAUGGAAGGCAAAUAUCAAAACAUUCCUAUAUGAACAAUUAGAGGAAGAGAGAGGUCUAACAGCCUGUCUUAUGAUACAAUCUUGCAAUAGCAGAGAUAAGGUUGCUCCCUGUGUAGAAACACUUUGCAAAUAUUUGGAAAACAUAGUCACAUAUCCUGACGAAGAGAAAUAUCAGAAAAUUAGAAUGUCCAACAGAGCAUUCUGUGAACGCGUUCAACCAAUAGAAGGAGCACUGGACUUACUGCUAGCAGCUGGGUUUGCGCAGCAGAAAGUGACCAAUUCUGAUGGCGUGGAAGAAGACUAUCUUAUAUUCAGUAAAGAUAAUGUGCCCUCGGUUGAAAUGUUAACUACGUUAAUUGAUGCACUUCAUACAGCUGAACCAAUCCAAUUAGAAUUGGAUAGGAAUCUUCAAGUACUAUUGCCAUCGCAAGCGGCCACUAAAGUACAACUACCCGCAUCGUUUUAUGCUCUCACUCCUGAAGAAUUGAAGAGGGAACAUCAACUAAGAACUGAAGCAAUAGAAAGAAGCCAAAUGUUACGCACUAAAGCAAUGAGGGAGAAAGAUGAACUACGUGAAAUGAGAAAGUACAAAUUCGCCAUAAUUAGAAUACGGUUUCCAGAUGGCAUUUUAUUACAAGGAACGUUCUCAGUAUACGAACGCUACAAUGAAAUAUAUGAAUUUGUUCAAGAAAACCUUGAACACAGCGGUCUUCCUUUCGUCUUGAACACGCCAACUGGCCACAAGUUAAACAUAGAAGAGGAUGCAAAUAAAACCCUUAUUGACUUACGAUUAGUACCAGCCACAGUGCUCACAUUCGCUUGGCACCAGAGUAUAAUUGAAGAAAUCCAUAAUAGUCCUAAUAGCAAUGUUUAUUUAAGGCCAGAAAUUAUGGUUCUUGUACAAGAGGUGUAAUGGCUUAAACUAUAUUUAUAUAUAUACGUACUGAUUACUAAAACAUAGAAAAUAAUAAGUU